AUGACCCGUACCUUGUCGUCGGGCUUUGAAGAAAGUGUUCUUGUUCUCUCGGGCUACGAUCUUCCAACAACCACCUACAACGCCUACCUGGUUCUUUCUCGGAGCCAGGCCGAAGGCAACUCGCUCAUCUUCGACCUGGCAGACCACUUCUCGCAAGACUCUCCCUCCCCUAUCGCCUCCGACCACCCCGAAUCCCCUAGCACCACUACCUCUACCUCCGUCGACCUCGACCAACUGAUUCCCUCACCACCGCCGAUAAUUGCAGAACAGCGGGACUCGUUCUCUCAGUAUACGGGAUAUUCCCCUCCUCCUCUACACCCUGCAUCCAACGGUAACGGGGUCGAUACAAAUCCGUUGUCAGAGAAUACUUCAACUUCCGUGCCUCGCCUCCGUCGUCGUCGUCGCCGCUCAGAGAUUUCGUCCUCGUCCUCGUCUUCCUUCGCAUCUGAAAUCUCGGAUAUCGGCGGGAAUAGUGACGUGGGAAGCUUCUUUGCACGACCCCCGCUAGCUACCGACAUUUCUUCUGCGGGUACCCGUGGAGUACAACGUGCAACAACAGGCCGUGCAGAAGGCCGCCACCCGCCAUCCCCCAAACGCAGGCGUUUGUCAAACAUGCGGCCUAACAAUGGAGAUUCAGUGACGACAGCGAAUGGACGGUCAGAUACAUCGAAUGGGUUCUUCUCUACGUCGUCGCGCGGGAAGAGCGCUCUGAACGGAAAAUCUUCCAAUCACCUGCAGAAUGGACAGUCAAAUACCAAUGGGUCGACGAAACCAUCAGCAGUAUCCUCGUCAUAUUUUGGGCAUGACCGAGAGGAGGUCACCAGGAUUUUGAUACAGGGGUUAUAUGAUCUAGGCUAUAACGGGGCCGCGAGUGCUCUGAGCAGAGAAAGCGGAUAUGAGCUGGAAAGUCCCUCGGUGGUAGCUUUCAGGAAUGCAGUGCUUGACGGACAAUGGGCCGAAGCAGAAAAUUUAUUACUCGAGUCAUUUGAGGACGGUCAUGAGGCGAACAACGGAGAAUGUAAAUCUCCAUCGUCUUGGGGCAAGCUGGCUCUUGCCGAGACUGCGGACAAGAAUGAAAUGCUUUUCCUGAUGCGACAACAGAAAUUCUUGGAAUUACUAGAGGCUCGAGAUCUGGGGGCUGCGUUGAUGGUCCUUCGACAUGAGUUGACCCCGUUAAACCAUAAUAUUGCUCAACUUCAUGCACUGUCGAGUCUAUUGAUGAGUCCGGUCGAGCAUCUCCGAGAGCUAUCAGGCUGGGGCGGAUCGAUUGCAUUAUCGCGAGAGCUUUUGCUUUCUGAUUUGUCGACUUUUAUAUCUCCCGCAGUAAUGAUUCCAGAUCAUCGGCUGGCUUCUCUCCUGGAUCAGGUAAAGAGUAACUGGAUCAAUCAAUGCCUAUUUCACAACACUGCGCAACCACCAUCGUUAUAUUCAGAUCAUAUGUGCGACCGCAACGCUUUCCCUCGACAUAGCAGUAUGCAAUUAACGAGGCAUUCAAACGAAGUCUGGUAUGUUGAGUUUUCCCACGAUGGGACAAAGCUCGUUACAGCCAGUAAAGACAAAUCCGUUAUCAUUUAUGAUGUAACAGACAGAUUUUCAGUGAUUCACAGAUUUUACGAACAUAAUGACGCUGUUGUGUUUGCUACGUGGAGUCCAGACGACUCCAAGAUAAUUACAUGUUCGCGAGACAAGACGGCCAAAGUCUGGGAUGUUCAGACCGGCCACUGUUAUAUGACGAUCGAGCACCAUUCUGAUAUAGUCACCGCUGCUGCUUGGGCCCCUGACGGCGAAACCUUUGUCACAGCUUCUAUGGAUAUCAAGGCGCCGCUCUGUUAUUGGGGAUUACGGUCUCGAAGUCCAAUACACGUGUGGCGGGACGGAUUCCGAGCACAAGACUGUGCCAUCACACCGGAUGGAACCCGUUUGAUCUCGUCGGAUCAUGAAGACAAGCUAUAUGUGUAUGAUCUUGCGUCACGUGCAGAAGAAUACUGUCUCUCGCUCAAGAAUCAUAUCACAUCGGUUAGUGUCAGCAAUGAUUCGAGAUAUGUUCUACUAAGUCUGAGGAAUAAUGAAAUACAACUUAUGGACAUUGAAACGACAGAAGUUGUUCGUCGUUUCGAUGGACAGAAGCGAGGGGAAUGGGUGAUUCGAAGUCGGUUUGGUGGUGCCGGCGAGAAUUUCGUUGUCAGCGGAAGCGAGGACUCCCAAAUUUACAUCUGGCACAGGGAGAAUGGAGCCCUUGUGGAAGUAUUGGAAGGACACACGAAAGGAUGUGUCAAUGCGAUCUCUUGGAAUCCGAAGAACCCAAGCAUGUUUGCCUCUGCCGGUGAUGACUACGUUGUGCGGAUAUGGACACGAGAUAACCCCGGCGAAAGUAGUUCUAGCAAAGGCAGAUUUUCGAAAUCUUCGGAUUUUACCCGGACGAGCGCUCUUCGAUCAACGACGACGAGCCAACUUUGA